GUGGGAUACCUGUCGUGCUAACGCCUGCCAUAACUAACCUUAAGAUUUGCGAACACAGACGGAAAAAUAAUAGGUUUAUUGCAGAAUCAAGAUGUCAGAAAGAGAAAAAUGGUCAUUACUUAUCGCUUCAAUGAAGAAUGAUACAUCUAUGGUCAGAAAUUUGCUCUGCAGUUACACGGGAAACAUGAAUUUUGACCGAGAUGAAAGAGGUCGAACUCCAAUGCAUAUGGCGGCCAUGAGAGGGAAUGUAGAAAUGCUUGAACUUCUAUAUCAACACGGCGGUAAAUUGGGAACAGUAGAUCUUAUCGGAAAUACAUUGAUGCAUAUGUGCAAUCAUGUGGACGUGCUACAGUUCCUAGUAGAUCAUGGGCUUUCGGCGACAGAGAGGAAUAUCAAUGGCGAUACACCACUGGUGCUUGCAAUGCGAUUUGCAGCCAAAUCAGAAGUGUGUAGGUUUUUAAAGGAGCUUGAACAAAAAGAAAUGCUAUCAAAAUACACAUCAGCAAAAGAUAUGAGCAGUUGGGAGUAUAUUUCUGCUGAAUUUGGACCUUACAGAAUACUAGUUGUAUUGCUAUUUAUAGCUUUGUUAUCUCUGUAUAUCACUUAUAUUAUUAUUGGUGACCUUCCUAGCAAUUCGCAGACACUAGAGCAUGUGCUUCAUUAGAGUUAGUCUGUAACCAAAGCACAGAGGGGUUGAAAGAAGAAAAAACAAAUAAGAAUAAAUUAGUAAAAAAGCAUAGGCAAAAUUAUUUAUACAACUCAUAAAUCAUUCAUAUGAUUGAUCAAGGGUCUAUGUGUUAUUAGAAGACACACACACGCUUAGCAUCGGCAUGCACUUACCCAAACUAGAUUGUUGCUGAAGGAAACAUUAUA